UCUGCACGCUGAACAACAGUGAAACGGCAAGAAAGAAAUGGUGGCGUUACUUUAAUUUUGUUAGAAACUCCGUUUUUAAUAUUUAAAAAUUUAACCAACUUUCAUUUCUCGAUACGUUCACGAAUAAUAAUUGUGUGCCAGUUUCUCGUUAACCUCCGUAGUCUCGAAAAAGUGUGUGGAAAUACACCUCACAGACACUAUAACCUAACAAUUGUUCAGCGUUUGUGUUUAAUCGUGAAUCGUAAGAAUGGCAAUGAACGAAGAUUUCAGUUUUACUGAGUUGUGUAGAUUAUGUUCGUUGAAGAGCAGUCACCAACUUCAAAUUUUCGACAAAGAAGGCGAACAGAGACAAUUACUUUUUAAAAUACGUUCCUGCAUUCCUGCUGUAAUAACGAAAGAGGACGCUUUGCCCAAAAAUAUUUGUCAGAGAUGCGUAUACAAAUUGGAUAUGUUUUACGAGUUUCGGGUGAGCUGCAUGACGACCGAUACUGUGUUAAAAAAUUACGCGGACAGUUUGAAGCAUCUCGCUGCAUCGGUAAACCAGGGCACUGAUAAGGACAAGAUGUCUAAUGGUAGCCAGCAACAACAGCGAUCGGCUUAUGUGGAAGCGCAUGCUGUGGCUCAUGCUGCAGUACAGCAACACAUGGCACAACAAGCUGCCCAAGCGAGGCUUGCUGGCCCUGGUCCACCUGCGACACCUCAGACACCUAAUCCAACCUUUACCUUACCCGAUGAUGGUUUGGGUUAUGACGACGGUGUACGCGUACUCCGCUCUAUCGGAACAUGGUCUCCAGAUUACUCAGCAGCAAUGCGUCCUGGUGGUGUAAUGCCUCCGUUUCCUGGUGCAAUGGAUCAGCAGUUUGGGAGUAGGGCCCCUACAGUAAAUCAGCCAUUAAGAACUACGAACAAUGUAACGUCUCGUCCGGGAUUUGCGUCAAAGGCCACAAAUACAGGUGAACCGGCGACAAAGGCGUUCGCCUGUACCGUUUGUGGCAAAGGUCUUGCUCGUAAGGACAAACUCGUUAUUCACAUGCGUAUUCAUACAGGGGAGAAGCCGUAUUCCUGCGAAGUUUGCGGUAAAGCAUUUGCCCGCAGAGAUAAACUAGUUAUUCACAUGAACAAGUUGAGACACAGACCGGGAGUGGCGCCACUUUCUACACCUACAGCUCCGAAUUCGGAUCAACAGCAGCAACAACAGCAGCAGCAGCAACAAGCUCAGCAACAACAACAGCAGGCACAACAACCGCAGCAGCAACAACAAUCUCGGCAGGAUACUAUACAUAAGUUGAAGGAAGAACCAGUUAGUUGGGCGUGUGAAUUAUGCGGUCGAGCAUUAGCCACAAGAGAGGAGUGGAUGCAACAUGCUCGUUCUCACUUGGAAGCAUCGGCUCCGCCACAACAUGCAGCACCAUAUUUCCCGGGAUCUACAGCUCCUCCGCAAGCGUACGCAUCUGAGAGGCAUUUCUGUCUUAUGUGCCGUACAGAUUUUACAGAUAAGGCUGAAUUUAUGUUCCACGUACGUUCCCAUUUCGAACCUCACGCGCAGCAAACGCCAUCUCAGCAUUCGAGUGGUAAACAAGGAAGCGAUCCUGCAACGGCCGAAUUGAUCGCGCGUGGACUGGUCGAUCCUUCGGGAUUAUGCAGCUAGAAU